AUGGUCAAGUACAUUCUCGUUGCAGGCGGUGUCAUUUCCGGUAUUGGCAAGGGCGUGAUUGCCUCGAGCACCGGCCUCCUGCUUAAGACGGCGGGUUACAAGGUCACCUCGAUCAAGAUCGACCCGUACAUGAAUAUUGAUGCCGGCACCAUGGCGCCUACCGAGCACGGCGAGGUGUACGUGCUCAACGACGGCGGUGAGACCGACCUUGACCUAGGCAACUAUGAGCGUUACCUGAACGUGUCGCUGGGCACGGACAACAACGUCACGACAGGAAAGGUGUACUCGCACGUCAUUGAGCGCGAGCGUCGCGGGGACUACCUCGGCAAGACGGUCCAGAUCGUGCCUCACCUCACCAACGCGAUCCAGGACUGGAUCGAGCGCGUGUCCAAGCGUUCCGUCGACGAGACCGGCGAGGAGCCCGACGUGUGCAUCAUUGAGCUUGGUGGCACGGUGGGUGACAUCGAGUCGGCACCUUUCGUCGAGGCUAUGCGGCAGUUCCAGUUCCGUGUCGGACCGGAGAACUUUGCGCUCAUCUACGUCUCGCUCAUUCCGGUCAUUGGCGGCGAGCAAAAGACCAAGCCUACUCAGGCGGGUGCGCGCGACCUUCGUGGCCUCGGUCUCAUUCCCGACCUCCUUGCGUGCCGCUGUGAGCACCCCCUCCAGGCUGCGACGAUGGAGAAGGUCGCCAUGUUCUGCCACGUCUCGGCCAAGCAAGUCCUUGGCGUUCACAACGUCAGCUCGACGUACCACGUCCCCCUUCUGCUCCGUGAGCAGGGCCUUAUCGAUUUCCUCAAGCAGCGCCUCGCGCUCAACACUAUCACAGUCUCUCCCGCACAGAAGAAGAACGGCGAGUUGCUCAUGGCGCGGUGGCGCGACAUGUGCAUCAGUUCGGAACGCUUCUUCGACCACGUCGACAUUGUCCUUGUCGGCAAGUACACCACCCUCGAGGACUCGUACAUGAGCGUCGUCAAGGCGCUCGAGCACGCGUCGAUGCGCUGUGGCCGUACUCUUAAGCUCCACUGGGUGGACUCGUCAGACCUCGAGCCCGAGAUGGAGACCGACGACCCCGUCCGCUACCACGGCGCGUGGAGUGCUCUCUGCUCGGCCAAGGGUAUCGUUGUGCCUGGUGGCUUUGGAGUGCGUGGUACGGAGGGUAUGAUCACGGCCGUCAAGUGGGCUCGCGAGCAGAAGGUUCCAUUCCUGGGUAUCUGCCUCGGUUUCCAGGUCGCCGUUGUCGAGUGGGCCCGCAACGUGUGCGGUCUCAGAGGCGCUAACUCUGCGGAGCUGUCCAAGAACACUCCUCACCCAGUCAUCUGCUUCAUGCCCGAGAUCUCAAAGACUCACAUGGGCGGCACCAUGCGUCUCGGCCUCCGCCCCACGAUCUUUGAGCCCAACACGGAAAAGUCCAAGCUCCGCCAGCUCUAUGGCGGUCACAAGAUUGCAUGGGAGCGCCACCGCCACCGCUACGAGGUUGAGCCUCAAUACGUGGAGCGCCUUGAGGCACCUGGGCGUAUGCGUUUCAUCGGCAAGGACGAGCGUGGCGAGCGUAUGCAGAUGCUCGAGAUCGAGGACCACCCUUACUUUGUCGGCCUCCAGGCUCACCCCGAGUUCUGCUCGCGCCCUCUCAACCCCUCGCCCCCCUUCCUCGGCCUCAUUGCCGCCGCAUGCGGUGGUGACGUCCUUAAGGAGCAGCUCGAGGCGUCCAAGAACUACGUCGACCCCCACCCCGGGAACGCCAAGGUCGUGCCUGCAAGCGAGGCUGCCACCGAGGGCGCGAAGGGUCGCACGCAGGCUAUCGAGGGCCUUCGCGUGGAGGGCGAGCCGGAGCAGGUUGCCAACGGUGUUUAG